AUGGCCGCUCUGACGUGGAGCUUCUCAGCGAAGACCCCCCCAUCGCCGGUACCGGAAGGAGAUGAAGAGGUGAGCCCGUUACACGGCGAAAGGCUCAAAUAUCUGUAUCAAGCGGAACCUUGCAACCUGGAGGCUUUGUCUGGAGAAUCCACCGAUUGCAACUGCAGCAAGACCAGCGCAUCUUCCUCCCAAGGUGCAGCGAAUCUGUUCGUGGUUGUGCCCAGGUUGAUGCUACCUGUACCAAAGACACAUGGCCAACAAAAAGAGUACGGAAAUCUUUUGUGUCUUCAUUUGCUGUCGCAGCUGCUCCCGUUGCCUUUGAUUUUUAGCUGUCUGCUUGCUGGUGCUUAG